AUGCGGAGUCGUUCAUUAACGUCCUCGAGGCCGUCGAUAAACUCCACGAAGUCAAGAUCCACCCGAGUUGAGCGACGUUGUAAAAUUAUUAAUGAUUCUAAUGAUUUUUGUUUUGAUGGUGAUCAGGAUGAAGUCCAGAGAUAUUCAGUAAAUGGUUAUAAAGUAGUAAAAAUAUCAACAUCACUACCAAACUGUACUUCAAAACGCCCUCAAUCAUCAUCGGGUAAGAAAUUAGCUUACGAUGACUGGAUUGAAAAGAAAAAAAGUGAAAUUUUAGAGCAGAAAAAAAAAAUCGCUGAAAUUGAGUUGAACAAAAAAAUAGAGGAAGAAAAACUACUGAAAGAAAAAAAAGAGCGUGAGAAGAGAGAAAGGGACAAUUUUAAGUCGUGGGUCGAAAAGAAGAAACGAGAAGAUUUAAAGAAGAAAUUAAUCGCUGAAAAGGAAAUGGAAAUCGAGUCGCGGCUGGAGGAAAUCGAGGCCAAGACUGUCGUUGCGAAAGAACUUUAUUUAAAGCAGUGGUGUAGGAAAAAAGACAAAGAGCUUAAAAUGCAAAUGAAUGAAAAAAAAUUAAAAACCCAACAACUGGAAGCUGAACAAAAAAAAAGGUUUGAAGAAAGUGUUAAAGCAUUUGAAAAAUGGCGGGAGAAAAGUAAAAAAUGUCCUAAACCUGCUACUCAAGGUCUUUUACCUCAUCAACAAGCGACUCCUGCGUAUGUUAACCCCGUGCCUUGGGUUGAUACCACAGAGGAAGAAAUUAAUUUGUCUUGAAAAAAAAAUAAUUUAUUUUCAGGUAAUCAUGAAAAAUAUUCUGUGUAACUCGGAAUGAAACACGAUGUCACCCAAC